UGAUUACUGACAUUACUGCCAAAUGACAUUUUCAAUUCAAAUUGAACUAUUGGGCACCUAGAUAGCAUAACCUACCCAUUCUUUGAUCGCAUAUAAACAUCAAACUUCAAAGUAGAACGUGGGAGCGUUGUUGCGUGAGUGAGUACUGACACAGUCGAAGCCGGUUCAAUUAUAAAUAAUACGUAAAUACCGAGUGCACUUAAUUACUGAAAACAUUUAAUGACACUAAAUUUUCAUUAAUUUGUGAUAAAAUUAAAAUUACUUUUGAAAAUGACGGGAAAGUUUGUUUUUGCUGGAAACUUAGUAACUUCAGAUGUUUCUAUGAAGUUAAAGUGUUUUCGUGGAUAUAUAGAAGUCGUUGAUGGACUGAUAACUAAAAUUGGUAAUAUAGAAGAGUUUCAAAAACAGAUUGAUAAUUUUAGUGAUUCAAAAAUAGUUACACUUGGAGAGAAUGAGUUUUUAAUGCCGGGCUUUGUGGACUGUCAUACUCAUGCCCCUCAAUAUCCCAACAUUGGUCUAGGAUUGGACCUCCCAUUGCUUGAAUGGCUCAAUAAAUAUACUUUUCCACUGGAACGUCACUACAGUGAUGCAGAAUUUGCUGCUAAUGUUUAUGACAUUGUUGUGAGAAGAUUAAUUAACAAUGGCACCACAACGGCCUGUUAUUUUGGAUCCUUACACUUAGAAGGUACGAUGAAGCUAGUGAAAUAUGUUGUUGAGCACAAACAAAGAGCAUUGGUGGGAAAAGUCAGUAUGAAUGUAGAAAAUGAUGCUGGAUACUAUAACAAGACAGAAAAGGAACUGCAAGAGGUUGAACAGUUCAUCAAAAGAGUUCUAAGCUAUAAGAAUGAUUUGGUUCAACCCAUAAUUACUCCGAGGUUUGCAGUCAGUUGCAGCAAUGAACUGAUGUGUGCUUUAUCACAGCUAGCGUCGAAAUACAAAUGUGGCAUUCAGAGUCACAUAUCGGAAAAUAAAAAAGAAAUCGAAUAUGUGCUAGAGACGAAUCCGGAAUGUGCGUCAUAUACUGAUGUUUACCAACGAUGCGGUAUAUUUAAUGGUCCAUGUAUAAUGGCGCACGCCGUCCACCUCACUGAGGACGAAAUCAGUGAGUUCAGUAUUCGCCAAGUGUCGGUGGCGCACUGUCCCGCCUCCAACACUAGACUGAACUCGGGGCUUUGCCCCGUCAGGAAGCUGCUAGACAGAGGCAUCAGAGUGGGCCUCGGCACCGAUAUUUCUGGUGGUGACAGCGCUAGCAUGUUAGACGCCAUGCGGCGAGCCAUGGAUGUGUCACUGCACUUGGCCAUGAUGGGCCAACCUCAUACCACUUUAGACUGGAAGGAAGCUUUCUACCUCGCGACGCUAGGCGGCGCUAGAGCUUUACGACUGGAAGAUAAAAUUGGCAGUUUCGAUGUUGGUAAACAGUUCGAUGCUUUACUAAUAGACGUUUACGCGAAGGGCGGGCCGAUCGAUAAAUACGCGUACAAUAGUGGCGAGCACGCGCUGGUCGAGUUGGUGCAGAGAUUUGUAUAUUUGGGGGACGACAGGAACAUAAGGCAGGUGUACGUGAACGGGGAAACUAUAAAGGAUUUUGUUAUAUGAAUACGCAAUUUUAUAUACGUUUACUACUGUUCAUAUAUUGAGAGAUAUAUUUCAUUAUUUACAAGAAAUAUUUAAAUGUAUGAAAUACAUUAUGUUGACCAGUGUUAAAUAAAAAUACUAUAACAUA